AUGUCGUCUGCCUUCGACCCCUCGAUGUCAACGAGCCGGCCGCCCAUCAGCGGCCCCUCGCUCGCCGACACCCUACCAAACAUCAACUUUGGCUUCGACGAGCUGCGCGACCGUAUGGCCAAGUUCACCGCCAAGUUCGACGCCUUCAUCGAGCAGGGACGCAAGCGCGUGCUCGAAGAGCGCAACCAAUUCCACAUGAAUGUGGCCGAGCUCCAGGAGGACCAGCGCAUGAAGAAAAAAGACAUCGAGAUCCUCCAACUAAAAACCAACACCUACCAACAAACCAUGUCAAAAGAGGCAGCCGAGACUCGCGAGAUGCAAGGCGCCAUCGCCCAGCUUACCGCACAGCGCGACCGACAAGCCGCAGCACGCGACACCCUCAAGGAACAGAUCGCAGCCACGCAGCGGGACAUCGACACCCGCCUUGCCGCGCAGCGCGCACACCAGGCGCGGCUUGAAGCGCAAGCGCGUUUCAACGUGCCGGAGCUCGACUUUUGGGUGACGAAUUUGUGUCUGCGGAUUGAGGGCGCGGGCGCGGAGGAUAGGUUGAAGUUUGUGUAUACGCAUGUGGAUGAGAAGAAUUGGGAGCGCGAGGCGUGGUUUGAGCUGUGCACGGGAAAUCGGGAUUAUGAUGUGCGGCACUGUCGGCCGAAGUUGGAGAGGGAGAAGGUGGAGAGGGUGUUGGAAAGGGUGAAUGAGACGAGGGAGCUGGUGACGUUGUUGAAGGGGAUGAGGGAGUUGUUUGUCGAGGCCAUGAGGUCGUAG